AUGGCAAGGAAACACCUGGCCCGGCACAAUAAACCUUUCAAAUGCGACAUUGACGGCUGCAGCAAGGCGACCGAGGGUUUCAGUACCAACAACGACCUGGAACGUCAUAAGCGAUGUGUCCAUAAGCUUCGUCGAGGAGACGAGACCGUCUAUCGCUGUAAUGUGGGCUCUUGCCGAGACAAACCUAAGGACUGGCCCCGGCAAGACAAUUUUAUACAGCACCUCAGGAGGAAGCACGGCUUAACAAAUGUCGACUUGGCUCAGUAUACGUUCCUGAUUACCGACACGCCAGACAUUGCUACCCUCGGAACGGCUGAGGACACUGCUCCGGAAAUUGGAGCGGUAGCGAGCCCAGAUAUGGACGCGCAUUUUCCGUGGCUCGGGACGUCUGAUAAAGAUCACGUCAAACCUGCAAACCUCAUGAAGAAAAGCCCGGCAUAUGGCCAGACGCACCACGGAGUGCAUUUUCCGGGCCAUCCUCACAUGGAGGAACGCGGAGUUGCCGCGCUACGGGUCGAUGCGCAGCAGCACGGGAGCCACAAUCCUCCAGGGAGCGCUCUCAGCUACCAUGAUACGGGCCGGGUGCCCUCCGAGUUGGGCAUACCGCAUGCCUCUUCCCGAGGCGCAAGCAUUCCGGCUACACUGUCACCAACUGGAGUCAACCAGCUGGCAUAUGUCCCCCCGGACUUCCUGGGCCGGUCGCGCAUGGAAGUGGAGCCGUUCAGCACGCUGAACACCCCGGGACAACCUAGACAUACUUCACAGUUGGAGACGGGCGAAGCUCGUGAUGUCGUCCGGGAAUAUGCCCAGCCGGAACGGGAGGAGGCUGCGUCUGGUGUACCGGAUGCGAUGGAUGUGGAUGAACCCGUGCGAGAUCCCGACUCCCCGGACGGCUUACAUGACAUGGACUCGGAGGAUGAUGCACUUCCAGGGAGCACGCUGUUAGAUGCGCAAGCUAACCUUCUCCGUGACACCGGUGCUCAGUACUGUGGUGCGGACGAAGUCCAGACUAAGGCGUCCCCCGGCGAGAUGCAGCUUGGCUCCGAGAUAUCUCGGCCAAUCAAUCUCGACGAUGAGGCCGAGGUUAGCACCUAUCUUGAGUCGCUGCGCCAGAGAGGCACGCUCGGCAAGAUCCUGAAGAAGUUUGGGUACUCCACGCCAGAGGAGCCGGAAUCCCAGGACAGAAAGCUGCCGGCCAGUGCUGCAACUCAGAAAGGCAGUGGCCGUAGAAUUUACUGCCAAGAAUGCAACAAAGGUUUUAAUCGGCCCUGCGAGCUUAAAAAACACCAGAAGCGGCACGAAAAGCCCUAUGCGUGCACCUUCGCAAAUUGCGACAAGAAAUUCGGCAGCAAGAACGACUGGAAGCGGCACGAAAACAGCCAGCACUUCCAGCUGGAGAUCUGGCGCUGUGCCGAGCAGGUGACAGACCCUGCCGGGGGCGAACAGCAAGAGCAGGAAUGCGGCAAGGUCUGCCACCGCGCCGAGUCGCUCAAGGCCCACCUGGAACGGGACCACGGCAUCCGCGACCAGGCGCUGCUCGAUAGGAAACUAGCCGACUGUCGCAUGGGGCGCAACUUCGAGUCGCGCUUCUGGUGCGGCUUCUGCCAGACGACGAUCGAGCCGUCCGGCAAGGGCGGGCCGGCCCACAGCGAGCGCUUCGAUCACAUCGACGACCACUUCAACGGCCGGGGCAUGCCCAAGGCCGACAUCAAGGACUGGAAGUACGUCGACAUCGACCCGCUCGAUUCCCCGGCCUGCUCGCCCGGCGGACCGGAAACGGAAAGGUGGGGGGAUGCUGGUGGUGGCGGUGGUGGUGGUGGCGGCGGCUCGACGACCAAUCCUCGCAAGCGGCACAAUACUGCCUCGGACGAUGAUGCGAGCGCGGGGCCCUCGAAGAAGUCUAAGCGGCUCCGGAGCAGCAGCAGUGGAAAGAGGGGAGAUGUCUUCUGGAUUUGCUGUGCCUGCGGAUACUACUGGACGGCGGCCGUGAACAGCCAGUGCAUGAACGAGUCCUGCAACCACGCGCACUGUGACGCCUGCGAUUCGUUCGAGAACGAGAGCACCACCGAGAGGCAGAUUGCUCUUCCGGAUCAAGGAUCCGCGGCGGUUGGGGCUGGUGUUGGGACGACUUGA